GGAAAACACUUCCUGGCCAUUGGAAUAGGAUAGGAUCCGCAACAAGCAGCAGAUCCCAUUCCGCUGGCGCCAGUGAGGGUCUCCUCUGUAUUCCUGGGCCCUCGGCCACUGCCCCACCCGGGUCACUGCUGGAGCCGGACCUGCGUCUGAGGAAAAAAUACCGGCUUUCUUUACUAGCUUCUAUGACCAGGUCUUAUUUCCGCCCCAAGCGAGGAAAGAAAUAAAACAAAACAGUCAUUUUGAAAACAUAUUCAGCUUGUGUGUCACUAACCUCUUGCUAUCUUGGACUGGGGCUAACUGUGGAGAGGGAGAGCCGGAAAGCCUCCGUUGGUAUGGGCCUCUCUAUGGUACAGGCCAACCGGAAGUACUCCACGGGUGACUAAGGUGACAACAACUGUGGUGGGUUUGGAUCAAACUCUGUUCGCUACCUGAGGUAUGGCAGGCACGGCGCUGAAGCGGCUAAUGGCGGAAUAUAAACAGUUGACCCUGAAUCCACCAGAAGGCAUAGUAGCUGGACCUAUGAAUGAAGAAAAUUUCUUUGAAUGGGAAGCUUUAAUAAUGGGCCCAGAAGAUACGUGCUUUGAGUAUGGUGUUUUCCCUGCUAUUCUGAGCUUUCCUCUUGACUAUCCUUUAAGUCCUCCAAAGAUGAGAUUCACAUGUGAAAUGUUUCAUCCCAACAUUUAUCCAGAUGGGAGAGUUUGUAUUUCUAUUCUUCAUGCUCCUGGGGAUGAUCCCAUGGGUUAUGAAAGCAGUGCGGAACGAUGGAGCCCAGUGCAGAGUGUGGAGAAGAUACUCUUGUCAGUGGUUAGCAUGUUGGCAGAACCAAAUGAUGAGAGUGGAGCCAAUGUGGAUGCUUCCAAAAUGUGGCGGGAAGACAGAGAGCAGUUUAACAAAAUAGCCAAGCAAAUAGUCCAGAAAUCACUGGGGCUUUAAAAAAGAAAGGAACUGAAAGAUUUGACAAUCAUAGUAUUUGAACUUUUAUCAGACAGACAAAUGGCAGUACUCUGUGUUGGUAGCAAAUUGUUGACUGGGUGUAUUAACACACACAUACACACGCGCACACACACACACACACGUGCACUCUUCCCCUUCUGUUUCCUCAGUGGGGGGAUCUCCCUCCAUCUAAGACAUGUUUGUAGUUGGGAUACAAAUGUAUUUAGUUAUAGAAACGUUGCAUAGUACUAUGGUCGCUAUACAAUAGCAAAAGCCUAGAAGCCUUCCAUAGCGUUAGUCUCUUUUCAGCUAUAUUUAUAUUGUAUAUACCCUUUUCAAUGCAGUACGUUCUGGUAACGGAGUUGAAAAGAUCUGUGAAUUAAUAACUGCCCAGAACCAUGGAAAACUACUAUAACACCAUUGGAAUAACUUUUCUGGAAAUAGAGAAUUGCCCUUUUAAAGUUGUCUUACUUACAUAAUUUCAUGUAAUUUAAGAUAAAGAGAGGAUCUGAGGUCUUCAGAAUAUUGCAAAGCAGCCUGCAUCCUUGAAGUUAAAUUAGAACAUAGUUAAGCUAUUGGACAAGUGUAUUUUGAGAGCAAGUGAAUUACUCUCUCCAGUGGAGGUAAAUCAGGGAAGAAGUGGCCAAAGCAAUCAGUAUCUUUCUUCCAUGUAUAGCAUUCCACCUCCCUGAAUAAUAACGCUUUAUGUAGCUGCUCUUAAAAGCCUUCAAGCACUACCAAGUUCCUCCUGAGACAUAAUUUGAAUUUAGUACAAUCCCAGUAGGCUUGAUAAGCAAUCCUCAUUUCUAAAAUGUAUUGGUUUUGUUUAACAGCCAUGUCUGCCCAUAAUAGAUGCUGGAAAUAACUUAUAUUGCAGAAGAGCAAACUCCCAACUUAUUUUUCAGUCCUGAUCUGGCAUCACUUAUGCCUAAUACAGAGAGUCUGUCUUGAAUCUAAUGUUGCUUAGACUAUAUUUCUAAUGGAAAUAAGGUGAACAAAAUUAAGUAUGAAUAUUGUUUGGAUUUGCAGAACUUGGUAGUAUUUAACUUCAGUUACUAUUCCCCUGCGGGUGCUGAGGAAGGGAGCCUUUAUCUUGGUGCCACUACACUAAGUGGUGCUAGACUAAGUCUAAUGAUGCUAGCCUUAAAAGUCUAGUGCCAGGAGAAUGAAAGGUACAGCUCUACUCUUGUUGACUGGGAGGAACUAAAGCAGUAAACGGGUUCUUGAUGUGUAUUUCAUAACCAGGUUAUGUAGCAGUUGACAUCCUUCUCUUACUACAUCUGUACAACCUUAAGAUGCCAAAUUUAAAGUACCUUGCAAGAAAUACUAUGAACAUCUCUUGCUUAGGCUUUUAGAUUUGAAUUAGUCUUAUACUGUUUACAUUUUAAUCAGUUUCAAAUUUAGAGGGAUUAACUAUGAAGGCUCAGUUCAAUAAAAUGCAGUUUGUUGGGCCAGUAUCUUGUGGAUCUGAGUUCACACCAUGUAUUUCUCAUAUUGAACAUCACUUGGCAUUAUCAUUAUUCCCAGUGGAAUUUCAUGCAUUGAACUGGAGGGCUAAGUGGGAGACUUGGGGCCAGUUCAGAUGUUACUACAGUGGCAUGCUUUCCAGUGAAAAUAGCUAUCAUGAUUUGACUGAUCCACAGGGGAAGCUGAAUCUAGGUAUUUCUUUAGCUGUGUGAAAUCCUGACCUCAUGACAGUGAUUUUCAGUGACAGAAAUGGUAUUGGAGUAAUGUCUGAAUUGAACCUAAAGAUCUUUCCUCUUUAUCAAGUUUUGAGAAAGAUGUUACGUUGGGCAUGGAUUAGAGGAGGGUGGAAGUAGUAGUAUUUUUUCAAAAUGGCAUGUACGAGUGUUGCUUUUUCCAGCACAUGGAAGGUGUUUGUUGAUUUUAAAAGAUGUAACAUACCUUAAAGAGCCCACAUAACAGCAGCAUUCUGAAAGGAAGGUGCUUCAGACUUUGUUUAAUGAUGAUUAAAAGACAUAUGGGAAAGCUGUCCUACUCUUACACAGUAUUCAUGUGUAUUUAAACAGAUUGUUUUAUAAUUGACAACAAUCUCUUCAAUGAAAAUAAAUGCAUAUUUUCUUUAAAGUACAA